CGCGACUUCACUGAUAUAACUGCUAUUAAAACUCUUUAUUGUACUUAGGAGUAGUUAUUGUAGUUAGGAGUCACCUCGACUAUUGCUCUUGAAUAUGGUCCCCACAUCAUGUAAAAAUCGAUCGUGUUUAGAACAAUUUCCUUAGGUACAUAGCCUUUAAAUUACAAACGUUUUAUGAUUAUGCUACAAUGGAGCAGUUUUUAGAAAUACCGUCUCUGGAAACCAGGGAGAAAACCUGAUUUUACUUUUUAAUAUAAUUAAUGGAAGAUAUGAUUGUUCUGAAAUUCUAUCGAAAAUUAAUCUUUUUGUUUGUACUCGUAAUACCAGGCAAUCACAAUUAUUUUAUAUUCCUUUUUAUAGACUUAAUAGUACUUUUAAGAAUUGUAUUCCUCGGAUACUUAGACUGGCAAAUUCUCUGGAUAAUAUUAUAAUAUUUGAUUCCUCUGUAAAUAGAUUUAAGCACAACAUUCAAAAUAACCCAAUGUAAUUUUUAUCAACUUAUUGUUACCUAAAUGGGCUUGCCCGUAAAUAUAUAAAUAAAUAAAUUACACUAAAUGCGUCACACAUUUUGUUCACAGACGAAGCAAAUUUUUCUCGAAAUGCUAUUAAAAAUGUCCAUAACAAUCAUGUGAUGAAAGAAAAUCCGCAUGCUAUAACUGAAACCCAUUUUCAAGAACAAUUUUCGGUUAAUGUAUGGGCAGGAAUUAUUAGUAAUCAUCUAUUAGGCCCAUUUUUCCUACCAGGACGCCUUGAUGGCCAGUCUUAUUUGCAUUUUCUAGAAGAAAAACUGCGUGGAUUGCUUGAAGAUGUGCCAAUUCCGUUAAGGAAUCAAAUGUGGUUCAUGCACGAUGGAGCUCCUGCUCAUUUCAGUUUAAUUGUUCGAAAUCAUUUAAAUACAGUUUAUCCUGGUCGUUGUAUAGGUCGCGGAGGAUCUCAGAAAUGGCCAGUAAGAUCCCCAAAUCUCAAUAGUUUAGAUUUAUUUUUAUGGGGACACCUUAAAACUCUAAUGUAUCAAACUCCCGUUAACACUGUAGAGGAUUAUUUGAACGAGUGCGCAAUUCCAUGCGAAGACGGGCGGAAACAUGCCUAUUAAGUGAAGGUGGCCACUUUCAUCAAUUUUUAUAAUCAUUGUUAGUAUUGUUAAUAAUUAAUAAUUAAAUGUUAGUUUUGUUAAUAAUUAAUAGUUAAUAAAUUUAAGCCGUUCAUG